AUGUCUUUCGCCGAAUUCAUCUCAGUAACCUUCCCCAACGCCUCGACGGAAAUCCAGCCGAUCCCAGGGGCCAAGGCCGACCCAGACUUCAUUGAGCGUUAUUCGCGUGGGCUCGACGACUAUGAUUUCAACUACACCCUCAUCCCUUAUGGGUCCGGUGGAUACGACCCCUUCACAAUAGGGGCCACCAUCUUGGCUAAGACUAAGAAGCUCAACAUCAUUAUUGCCCUGAGGCCAAACACCAUGUUCCCCACUGUUGCCGCCAAGAUGCUUGCCACACUCAACCAUCUCGGCAGGGGUCGGGUAGUUGUGCACUUUAUCGCUGGAGGCAGUGAUGCCGAGCAGGCGAGGGAAGGUGAUUUCCUGGACAAAGACUCAAGAUAUGCCAGGCUCGAGGAGUACAUCAAGAUCCUCCGCCGCGCAUGGGAGUCGUCCGAGCCCUUCGACUGGGACGGCCAGUUUUACAAGUUCAAGGAUUUCUCAAACGCGGUGCAGCCCGUGGGCGGACCACGCGCCAUCAAGGUCUCGGUCGGCGGCUCGUCGCCCCAGGCUUACCAGGUCGGCGGCUCCCUCGCCGACAUCUUCGGCCUGUGGGGUGAGCCCCUGAAGGAGACCAAGGAGCAGAUCGACAAGAUCUACGCCGAGGCUGACAAGGCCGGCCGUGCCAAGGAUGACCGGCCGCGCAUCUGGGUCACCUUCCGGCCCAUCAUUGCCGAGUCGGAGGACCUCGCCUGGGCAAAGGCCUACAGGACGCUCGACGCGCUCAAGGGCAACGGCGGCGCCGCUUGGGCGGGGCAGGGUAAGGCGCCACCCGCUACAGGCGAGCCACAGAACGUGGGCUCUCAGCGCCUUCUGGAAAUUGCAAAGCGUGGCGAGGUGCAGGACAGGUGCCUGUGGUAUCCUACCGUCACCGCGACGAAUGCGCGGGGUGCGUCUACGGCUCUUGUAGGGUCAUACGACACCGUUGCCGAGUCUAUCCUGGAUUACGUCGAUCUUGGCGCCGAUCUGAUCUCUAUCCGUGGCUAUGACAACCUCAACGACAGCAUCGACUAUGGACGGUACAUCCUGCCCCGGGUCCGUGAGGGAUUGGCCAAGAGGGCAGCGAGUAAUGGCCAGUAA